GGGUGAGCUGUCAGGGUUUGUCAGGAGUGGAGUCAGCAGCAGCAUUUGCAAUCGGGAUCAGCAGCAGGUAGUGAGUGAGAGAGAGGCAAAGCGUGCGAGAGCUUUGUUUAACUGCGCCACGCUGUCCUCGCUGGGGAAAGACGAGAGGAGCAGGAGCAGCAGCACUACACACACGCAACGUGCUCAGCACUUUCCUCCUCCCCAGCCCUAAACACCCCCUUCACACUUUUAUAUGAAGCUACAAAAUCCAAAGUCUCCCGUUCGACAGAAACUCUGAAAAAAAUAGUGGAGCAGGAUGAAAGCUACGAGGAAAGCCUUUACCAGUAGCCAGAGGAGACCAGGGGACAUAGCCAUGUCAGACAGCGAGACGGGAGAAGACGACGGCAGCAGCAGCAGCUUGAUUUCCGACAUGGCUCAUUCCAAGAAGAGGAAGAGGCAUGUGAUAUUUUCCAAAGAGUCGGUGAAAAUCCUGCGGGACUGGCUGUACGAGCACCGACUGAACGCCUAUCCAUCCGAGCAGGAGAAGCUGAGUUUGUCUGGACAGGCGAAUCUAACAGUAUUGCAGGUCUCCAACUGGUUCAUCAAUGCAAGGAGAAGACUUUUACCCGACAUGCUACGGAAGGAUGGCAAAGACCCUCAUCAAUUCACUAUUUCUCGCAAGAGCAAGUUCUCUGAAUUAAAUCCAUCUCGAAGUGGAGGCGGACCAAACCUAUUGGAGAAUUCUGCCUCCGCUGCCACCUCCACGCUUUUGUCUGCAUCAUUUCGACCUUCCGUCAUUUGCCACGCAACAACGUCGAUGGUUAAAGACAUGCCUUUACUCCUCUGCCCAGACUCCAGCAAUGACAGUAAGAAAACCUCAAAACUGACUGACCAAGAGUUAGUUCGACCCCUGUUUAACACUGAUAACCCCACUACUUUGAUGACAUGCACAGAUUCAAGCAGUCCUAAUAAUGGAUUGUUCAACACACCUCCCCCCACUCCACCAGAGCUCCACCAGGACUUCAGUGGGUUUCAGCUGUUGGUGGAUGUUGCACUCCAGCAGGCUGCUGAACUGGAAUCUCAGAAACAGAAUAUUAAGAUUUCAUCUUAAACAUGUGCAUCAAGGAAUGUGGUAAAUGCCAGUAGAAGUGUAGAUAUCUGAGGAACCCUUCAGUUGGUUCUAGUCUGUGAAUGGGCAGUAGCAUGUUACUUAAAAUCUAUUCUGGAGAAAUGGCUAUCAAAAUUCAUUUCUCACGGCUGGAGAAACAGCUUGAAAAGUCUAUUUGCUUAAACUCAAGGUUACUCUCUCAUGGCUGUCCAGUUGAUUGUAGACCCCUUGAAUUGAAGGGUUGCAAUAAUUAUUUUUAGUAGUAUUCUCAGAGGCUCCACUGUAGCUUUGCACUCUGCAAACGGUAGAUUAUAGAACUACAACCUAGUAAGCAUUAGCAUUCUGUACUUUUGACUGCAAAUAUAAAUGAGCUAUACUCGUACUUCAAGAAACUGAAGGUUACCUUAAUUCGUUCAGGUUUUAUGUCACUGACCAAUAUGUCAUGUUUAAAGAUUUGUUUUUAUAGUUGUUUUUUCUGAAGUGACGCUGCUUUCGUUGAAACAGAUAUAUUGAGUACAAAGCAAAGGUGCAGUGUCAAGGUAACCCAAAGUAGUGUGGAUGACCAGGAUGGGAAAUUGUCUUGCACGUUCUUUAAUCCUCAAUCUGUGCAAAGUAUCUGAAUCAUAAGAUAUUAGAAUAUUUUUUCAUUUGUAUAUAAUGGAUCUUUACUACUGAGCUAAAGAAUUGUAACUUUAAAUUGUGGUUCUGUUAGAGGCAAACUGUAAGAUAAAAGUGGAAUUUCCUCUAAUCACUACUCAAUAGAUUAUGAUGAUAGCAAUGUGACAUUAGCUCGGAGGUAUUCAUUUGUAACUUGAGUAUAGAACUAUUAAAAAGGUAAACUAAUUUCUAUUUGUUAGUUCUAUCUGUGAAUGUAGCUAUCUGAUUUUUUUACAUUUUUUUGUAAAAUGUAGUACAUUGUUAAAGGUGAUGUGAAACUUCCUUUUUAAACAGUAGUGCUAAGAUUUAUCUGAUGGUAGUCUGGGAUUCACAAGUUUUCAGAUUCUAAAACUUUGUUAGAUGACAUUCAACCCAGUUACGUUUAAAAAAAAACAGUUGAGGAGAAAAUCAUUUAGAAAAUGGAGAACCAGUGAUUUUAAAAUGCAAGUAAUACAAAAAACUGACUUUCCUAUGACCCUUGCAUAUCAAAAUACUGCCUAUCUCCAGUAUGUGGCAGUGAUACAACAUAAGAUUGGGGCAGAAACUGGCAACUUGAACUGCCUUUCAAAUGAACCAAUCCUGCAAGCUGCAUUUAGGCAAAUGCAUUGAGUUGAUUUCAGACCAUUUACUUUGAUUCUGCAGCUGCUUCAUAUAUUAGCCCUUUAUUGUAAAUCAAUAUAUACAUGGCCAAACUCUCUACUUGGGGUUCUACAAAAGGGGUUUUACAUAAAUGCUACUCGUGUUGGAAGCUUUAAAAAUUUGGUUCAGUGUUAAUGCAAAAAGGGGCUUUGCAGAUCAUGUAUAUAAGUGAGAUAAAUGCAAAUGUGCCUUAUGAUGGUGGUUUUUUUUGUUAUGAAGGGACCACCCAACUAUUCAAGUCUUCAAUUUCAAUCUGUGCAAUAUUUAAAGGAGUUCUUACAACUCCAUUCUUUGUCUUACAGGAACAUUGAUCACAUCUGUGAAUUUUUUUAAAUACCACUCUAAUAAAAGUCUUGACGUUUGAUAAA